AUGUCCACGAGACCCUCGGACUGGGAAAUUCGCCGAUGCAACCCGUUCGAUAUCCCGGACCAGCUGCCAGAGGAGCUGAAGCAAGAGAUCCGAGACAACAAGAGCUUCCAUGCUGGCCACGCGUGGACGACCACUGGCUCUCCUAUCGUCGAGGGGAGGUACUACGACUACGCGUCCCGCACAGUCAAGUCCCUCCAACCCGGAGAUUCUUUGCAAGAUGGUCCUCCGACAGUCUCUGUGUACUGGCACAAUGUGGCCCCCAAACCUGGCGACAGGAAAUGCUUCUACGGUUUCAGCGGCGGUUACAAUCAAGGGGACAUUGCGUCAUACGUGGUGAAGCUGGGCAAGUUCUUCAGCGAGAGCUCCAGCGGUGACGACGGUGGCCGGAGCAGCUGCACGCUGAAAUCACUGACCAUGACGACGUAUUCCGUUGUUGUCCUUGUCCAGACGGACUGUUCUGACGCCGAUAUUUGGCAGCGGCUCGCGGCCUGCGGGCUGGGUUUGGGGUAUCGCGGUGAUGGAGUCGGGUCUCGGGUAUCGGAUGUUGAGCACGAUGGCGGACAAAGUUGA